CAUACGACAAAGAAAUACAGGAAGACGAAGCAAAAAAGAGGAGAAUAAGUCAAAGGGAAGGCGAGCGUUCGAGUCCUUCUGCUUCCUCUCUCUCUGUGACGGCUGCCGAUAUUCCUUCUUGCGAUCGUCCCGAUAACGCGCGGCCGGAAUAUUCGGCUCCAGUUGUCUGCACACCACGGCCUCCGUUAUCUGCCCACCGGAGAGAUGCGCGAUCCUCACCGUCUGCCGCGAUUGUUUCUCUUGCUCGACUCUCUGACGCGUCGGAGUCUCCGUUGGUGACCUCUAAGUUCUUUCUCGCUCCGCAACAUCCUCUUUUCUUCAUUUGUCUUAUUUGUUUGUUAAGAGAACUAAGCAAGAAAGAAGGGAUUGAGAGCGGAUUAGGGUUGUUGUUCUCUCUCGAUUUUCCUCUUAUUGGUUGUUUCGCCGGGAGGCGACGAUGCAUAUGGACGAGAGCGUUGUCGAUGAUAUUAUAAGAAGGCUGCUUGACGCGAAGAACAGCCGGACGACGAAGCAGGUGAAUCUGACGGAGGGGGAGAUUCGGCAACUGUGCGUUGCCUCCAAGGCAAUAUUCAUUAACCAGCCAAAUCUUCUGGAACUCGAGGCGCCGAUCAAGAUCUGCGGUGAUAUCCAUGGACAAUACUCCGAUCUUCUUCGGUUAUUUGAGUAUGGAGGUUUCCCUCCUGAAGCGAAUUAUUUAUUUUUAGGGGACUAUGUUGAUCGUGGAAAGCAAAGCAUAGAAACAAUAUGCCUUCUUCUUGCUUACAAGAUCAAGUACCCAGAAAACUUCUUUCUUCUUAGAGGCAAUCAUGAAUGUGCUUCAAUUAACCGCAUCUAUGGAUUCUAUGAUGAGUGCAAGAGGAGGUUCAAUGUUCGUUUAUGGAAGGUGUUUACAGAUUGUUUCAACUGUUUGCCUGUUGCUGCACUUGUUGAUGAAAAGAUACUCUGCAUGCAUGGUGGUUUAUCACCAGAUUUGAAGAACUUAGACCAAAUUCGAAAUAUUGCUCGCCCUGUGGAUGUCCCAGAUCAAGGUCUCCUCUGUGAUCUCUUAUGGUCUGAUCCUGAUAAAGAUAUUGAAGGAUGGGGUGAGAAUGAUAGGGGUGUAUCAUACACAUUUGGAGCUGAUAAGGUUGGGGAAUUCCUAGAGAAGCAUGAUCUUGAUCUCAUUUGCCGAGCCCACCAGGUUGUGGAGGAUGGAUACGAAUUUUUUGCACAAAGGCAACUGGUGACGAUAUUUUCUGCACCCAAUUACUGUGGGGAAUUUGACAAUGCUGGGGCCAUGAUGAGUGUUGAUGCGAGCCUUGUAUGCUCAUUUCAGAUCCUCAAACCUUCGGAAAAGAAACUGAGAAUUGGAUUUGGUAACGUGCCAAAACCUGGAACACCAGCAAGGAAGGGCGGCAAGGGAUAGUGGCCUUGUUGACAUAAUUGCCGGAGAGGUUGCACGGUGCACUUAGAACACGGGCAAGAAGUUCGGAAGAUGCAAAAAGUUGGAAUUUGGUUUGCAUUGCAGCUGCUAUGAGCUUGCAGUGGUUUCCAUCCGCUAACUUGAAGUGGUUUGGAUCACAUAACUAGGACCAUGUGGUCAUAAGGUCGUGGAGAAAUGUUUGGGAAGCUUCCCCUCUACUUUUUUCUCUAUGUAAAGUAAUCUAAUAUCUGGUAGAGAACCCCAUUUUUCAUGUCACAGAUUGCUACAUCGUAGCUUUUAUGAUAUAAUACGAAAUCAAAAUUCAUCA